AUGAAGAUUCUCGUCCCAAUUAAGCGCGUCGUUGAUUACGCUGUCAAGAUUCGUGUUGACUUUACAGGAGUUGAUCUGAAAAAUGUAAAAAUGAGUAUGAAUCCAUUCUGUGAAAUUGCCGUUGAAGAAGCCAUUCGUCUCAAGGAAAAAAAAGCUGCAUCGGAAGUUGUGGCGGUAUCCAUUGGCCCGAAACAAUGUCAAGAGACGCUACGUACGGCCCUUGCAAUGGGUGCUGACCGUGGUAUUCAUAUUACUUCUGAUUUACGUACGGAUCAGGAGCUUCAGCCAUUGGCUGUAGCUAAAUUACUCAAGGAGAUCGUAAACAAGGAAGACCCCAAGCUCGUGAUCUGUGGCAAGCAAAGUAUUGAUGCUGAUGCUGCUCAGACGGGACCAUUGCUUGCGGGACUAUUGGACUGGAGCCAAGGGACUUUUGCUUCGAACGUUGCUGUGGAGGGGGAUGCUGUACACGUCACGCGGGAGACAGAUGCUGGUAUUGAGACGUUAAAGCUUAGUCUACCAGCUGUUGUGACAGCAGACUUGCGACUGAAUGAGCCACGUUAUGCUACUUUGCCCAACAUUAUGAAGGCCAAGAAGAAGAAAAUUGAAACGUUGGCAGCGGACAGUUUUGGAGUGGAUCUGACCCCACGUAUUGAGAUCGUGGAGGUUAAGAAUCCGGAAUCUCGUAAGGCCGGCAUCAAGGUUGCGGAUGUGAACGAGCUGGUGGACAAAUUGAAGAAUGAAGCGGGGGUGAUCUAG